AUGAUAAACUUCUAAAAUAGCUACUUGAUGCAUCCUUAAAAUCUGGCUUCUUACAAUGGAUAAAUGGCUAUGAUGAUGGUGCCUUCUAACUCAUUCUACCCACCUACCUAAUCUUUUCCUAUUCUUAAUAAUCCAGCUUCAUCUAAUGUUCCUUUCGUAAUGAUGGCAGCUCCUUAAAAUUAGAUGCCAUUCUACUUCCACUAACAAUUCUCACAAUAGGAUUUUAUUUAACAGUAAAAAUAGUAGCAAUAAUAAUAAUCAUAAAUAAUUUAGUAGAGUUUUUACGAACAACAAAAAUUACACUAAAAUCCUAAUUUAUAGCUAAAUUUUUUUCCUUUAUCUUCUGCUCAUCCUUACAAUGCUGCUUAAAAUCCUUCCUUACUUGUAGCUAAUAAGAGUAAAUAGUAGCUUUAGUAGUCAUUUAAAAAAAACGAUAAUCAUCAUCAAAUUUAGCAUUUUUAAUAAUAUGAUUAACAAUCUGGCUAAAUACUUGAUAACAAUGAAUGCUAGGCUGAAAUCCGCGACAUUUAAAGCUCUUAGGGAAAAGUGAAGACUUAGUAAGACAACUCAUUUAGUGAAAAUCUCAACUUUAUUGACCAAGACUAACUUAAAAACUCUAAAAAGAGAACAAGUGUAACAUCUAGCGUAUCAACAGCCUCGAGCUGCUCAAACAACUUAAAUGAGUCAACUCUCAUAACAACUAAAUACCAAAGCUAAAAUUCAUUCACCAUAAACUAGCUUAACUAAGAUGAAGAAGGUAGAAAAAAGUAUUUAAAUUAAUUUGAGCCUCAUAUUUAAACAUAUCUUUAGUAAUUACAUGAGCAGUCAUAUAGUUAUUCUUUUUUAGAAUAAUCAAAAAUAUCCAUUAGUAAUAAAGGAAACAGCUGUCAUUAAAAACAGCUAGCAGGUCAAUGCUUUGAAGGAGAGGAAGAAUUAUAAAAUUUAGUAAGUAAGAAUGCUUAUCUAAAAUGGGCAAUCUCGUUUAAUAGAUGCUCUCAUUUCGCAAAAGAGAGUCUCUCUUCCUUAAUUUCAAAUAAUUAAAAAUACAGUAAUGUGUUUAAGCUAAAAAAAAAAAUCAGAAAACAAUAGCUGGCUAAUAAUAAAUUUAGUAUACAUACAGUAUUGUAAACUAAAAAUAAUAUUUAAAACUCCCAAACAGAAAAUUAAGAAUAAAAUUUUUAGGGAGAGGCCGCCACGAAAUUAGCUGACCAUUAAUAAAACUCAUAUAUAAAAGUUGCUUAAAAGGCAGAAUACAACGAAGGACAGCUAAAUGAGGCCUCACUUUCUUUGAAUCUCCAUUCUUAUGUUGACGAUUCUUUUGAUGAAAAAUUUUCUGAUAAAGAAGAAAAUAGCUAAAACAAGAAAAUUUAAAUAAACAAAGAAACAGAAUAUUGUGAUUAGUUCAAAAAUUAAUAAAGCAACCUUAAAAACUCAACUUUAAGCAAAGCAGAAACUCUUCCAAUUACUUGCAGAUGCAAUUCAAUCAGUAAAGGUAAUGACACCUAAUUGACCCUAUUGGCUGAUUGUAUAAAAUGCGCUUCCUAAUAAAGUAAACUUAGCGAGAAAAUGGAUUUAGAUUAAUCAGCACAUAGUAUCCUAAAAACUGAAGCUAUGGAAACAGAACAAGAUUUCAUCUAAAUGGAAGAAGAAAAUGAAGCAUAAAACUCUAAAAAUUCCAUCCAAGCUGACAACAAAAAAUAAGCUUACAAAGAAGAAGAGGAUGAAAAUUCACCUAAAAGCAGCCAGUUAACUUCUUCUAAAAAAGUAAUCAACUCUAAAUUUCACAAUAUGAAUAAACUCUUCAUGUAUAAACUACUGUCUUCCUUUUAUCUUGAGAAUUUAGAGAAACUAAAUGUUCCCUUUAACAUUCGAGAGAUCCUAAAGAAGUUAAUUUCUUUAGUAAAAUUAUCUUCUAAGCAGCAAUCAUAGUUUUAAAGCAAGCAAAAAACUGAUUUCUUCAGUCAUGAUCAUUAUAAUUUACUUUUUUUGACUUUGAAUAGCUAGACAAUUUAGUAUAUGAGAGAAAAUUCAAAUAACAAAAUGUUACAUUUGUCUUGUUUUAAAUUUGAUCUUAAUGAUGUUAAACUGCCUCUUGAGCAUUCUUAAAACACUCCUCAAAUUCUUGAGAAAAUAGAAUACAUAAAUAUAGUUAAAAAAUAUGCAUGCGAGAUUGUAUUGCAAUCAGAUUUAGGUGAAGAAAUAGAUGAUAUUAAAGGUUAAUAAACAAACUAAUAAGCAAUAAUGACCAAGUAAAUAUACACUAAGCGCGCCCUUUAAGGGAUCAAAGUGUUGAACUAGGGUAUGAUAGUUAGAAGAUUCUGA